CACGACACUAUUGGACCCGCUUCAAGCAUCCAAGAUUAUGUACACUUCCAGUGCUGCAGAUCAACGUCAACAUUAAUGCACCUCGACCCUCGUAACGUAGAAGGGUGUCUUGAUAGACAUCCUCGGAGGGAAUAACUCAAUUAUUGCAGCUAAUAACUCCUUCGUUUUUCCGCUCUGAUACGGCUGUACAUGAUUGGCGCCAACGCUGCCCUUGGUGUUCGGAGGCCUGGUUCGACCGCUACUUUGAAGAACGAUUAUCGUGAUUCGAAGUUCCUCAUAGGAAGCAGUCUCAAAUGGCAUCGUAUUCUACAGGCGCUGGCAGCAGCUGUAUAUGCUAUAUGGAAAGCUCCCAAACCUUGUUGACUACUUGAUCGCUGGGUGCAAGAAUGGUGGGCCGAUAUGUAUGUGCUCUUAUUCGUGGGCUGUUGUACCCCCGGAUCAAUCGAAAUCGACACAUGUUGAGGUGUUGUUCUCUGUGGAUGCCACUAUCCUUGCUGUGGAUAAUAUGGAAAGUGCGAACCAACGCGUAGCCCGUGGACUAUUUUUGCAUAUCUCCUUCGCCAAAUAGUAAAUUCCUUGCGUUGUUAACAUUCUCUGGGCUCCU